UGGAGGGGAGGUUAUCCAGCACAUAUCCGACGGGGUGUAGGCACCGAUGGAGGAGUCCGGACCAGCUGCCAGAGUUGGUUGUCUGAAGGGGAACGAGGAGAAGGCCUAGCCGUUUUGACCUCAUUGAGAAUUUCCUACCUGCAAUCUUGGAUUUUGCUAUUUUUUAUUUUUUUUUUUUUUACCUUGUUUCUCUACUGGAGGCCGCAGAAGCCUCGGGCUAGAUUUGGCGACAAAUAGAGCCGAGUGAAAGAAGACAUCUGUGGGAUUGUGUGGAAAGUGUCAUAAAAUGUAUUUGCAAUAAUUUGACGGUCUGAAGGCGUAACAUAUUUGUUCUGUGGAGUCAAUUGUGUUUAUACGACAGCCAAAACUGGAUUUAAUGUUGAGUAAAAGAAAGUUAACUAGUUAGCUAGCUUGUUUUAAUGCUAGUCAGCUACCUUGUAGCGAAACUCUUGCAUGUUGAAUGAAUGAAUGAAUGAAUGAAUGAAUGAAUGAAUUGGCCACCACAAACAUUUUAACUAGCAGCUGCUUGUUGUUAUUACUAGAAGACAUCGAAUAUCACAUAAGACGACACUGGUUUUCCACAACAGGGCGAGCCAAACAGUAUAUCCCCACCGAUGCCCAGGAAUGCGAUUCCUGGAAGUUGGACAGCAGCGAUUUAGCACUCCAAGAUAGUGUUGUGUUAAUAUUGACUAUAGCCUGGUAAUGUUUAUAAGGCUGGGGGAAGCUGACUCUAGCUAGCUAAGAAAUAUUUGCACUACUUGGACUCGGCUGCAACCGCGUGAAGAUUACACCCGGUUUGGAAUGGGGAACACGGUUUCAUGCUGCGUCUCUCCCGAGUCGAGCCCGAAACUACCUUCGAGACAACCGGCAGAGCGGCUGGAGGAGUUCCAGACCAGCACCGAAGUGAGCGAUGAUAACACCGUGCCCUACCUGCAGCACAUAAGUGACAGAGAAGUCCCUGAUGAGCUGGCCUUGGAGUCUAACCCAUCGGACCAUGCCAGAGCGAGCACCAUCUUCCUUAGCAAGUCUCAGACAGACGUACGAGACAAGAGGAAAAGCAACCACAUAAACCAUAUCAGUCAUGUAUCUCCUGGUCCACUGUCAAAGAAAUACAGCUCCUGUUCCACAAUCUUCAUAGAUGACAGCACCGUCAGUCAGCCAAACCUCAAAAGCACAAUAAAAUGUGUCACAUUAGCAAUAUACUACCACAUCAAAAACAGGGACUCGGACAGGUCUCUGGACAUCUUUGAUGAGAAAUUGCACCCCUUAUCAAGAGAGCCAGUGCCAGAUGACUACUCCCGUGUAGACCCAGAACACAAACUGAUCUACCGCUUUGUCAGAACGCUCUUCAGUGCUGCACAGCUCACCGCAGAAUGCGCCAUCGUCACACUUGUGUACUUGGAACGCCUGCUGACCUACGCUGAGCUGGAUAUCUGCCCCGCCAACUGGAAGCGCAUUGUUCUGGGAGCCAUCUUGUUGGCCUCCAAAGUCUGGGAUGACCAGGCUGUGUGGAAUGUGGACUACUGCCAGAUCCUUAAAGACAUUACUGUGGAGGACAUGAAUGAGAUGGAGCGUCACUUCCUGGAACUCCUCCAGUUUAAUAUCAACGUGCCAGCCAGUGUCUAUGCCAAGUACUAUUUUGAUCUGCGGCAGCUGGCGGAUGACAACAACCUCAGCUUCCCUCUGGAGCCUCUCAACAACCAGCGCGCCCAGAAACUAGAGGCCAUCUCAAGACUAUGUGAGGACAAGUAUAAAGACCUGAGCCGAGCAGCGAUGAGACGAUCCUUCAGUGCAGACAACCUGAUAGGUAUAAGACGCUCCAACGCUGUGCUGUCAUAGGCCAGACUGCUGCCAUCUGCCCUCUGAUUUCCAAAGCACGGCUAACCCACAGCUGGCUCCAGACAAGCAUAUCCACCUCACAAGGUCAACACACCCACAUCAGGCAGGAUUCAGGCUUGAAAUGCUACUGUAUGACCUGCCCAAACGGUAAUUUGCAUUACAGUUGUAGACCUGCAUGAUUGUGAAACCUAAAACUUUACCAUACAACUGUUGUUUUUACAAACCCCUUAUUUAUUUUUUAAUUGUCCCUUAUUUCCACCAUAAAGUGUUUCCCCGAUAAAGGACUGGCUCUGAUGCAGUCGAUCUCUGAGGGGUAGUCUUGUCACAACAAUGUAAUUUCUGCAAAAAUGUUUGAAUUAUUCCAUGUAGCCCUAAAGGAUUAGACUGGUCAUAGUCUAUAUUUUGUUAUCCACCAAAUCCCACGAAAAGACCAAAAACAACUUUGUGCUAGUCCAUCAGUAUACUUUCUGACUUCCCUACCUGUCUGUUUUACUCAGCCCCAAGGCAGUUUUGUUUGCACUGAAGACAAAUAAUUACCAAGGGUGUCAAAUGGAAAAAGGCUCAGAAAUUUCCUAAGACAGCUGCCGCUAUAGUUUUAAUCAGCACUACUCAACAGGAGUAAAUAGUACAUUUCUUGGGGACGAUUUUUAGCAGUAGGUUAAUAAACAUUUAUUGUUCUACUGAGUAUUUCUGGCAGCAGAACACUGUAUGUCAGACUGACUCAAACUAAACUACAAUUUGUAGUUGAUCCUUGCAAUUUAUUGCUGGUUUUUGUCUUUUCGUGGGAUUUGUAGACAAUAAGAGAACUAUAGAAUAUCACCAGGCUUUUUUUUUUUUUUCUUUUUACUAGGCACAACAAAUGCAAAAUGCUCUAUCUCGUAAAUUAGAAUUAAUACCAAAAGUUACUUUUGAGAGUGUAAAUCAAACUUGUUUACUGUUAAUACCAGUGGUGUUGCAUUCUGUCUGAGUAAAUUAUCUACCCAUUUGGAUUUAGCAUACAGCAUGUCUUGGAUGAGAAGUAUUAAACUAUAAAUAUUCUACAGGAGUUGGCUGAAGUAAGCACACCUUCAGUCAGCUGUUGUCUGUUGUGCGUGUGUGUGUGCGUGCGUGUGUGUGUGUGUGUGUGUGUUUGUCAGGGUAUUAGCAGUGCCAAUCUGGGAUCAGUUUCACUUUUCAGAGACCACACUACAGGUGGUCAAACGGGACCGAUUUUACAGAUUCUGAAUUGGUACUGCUACAGAGUGGCUCAACACAGCAGUUAGGUUGACACGAUGGCAUAACGUAGGUUGGGUCCACACUGUCCAGGCUCAGUAGUGUGCCCCUCAAGUCCUGCCAUCCUGACACCGCCUCAAAGAGCCGGUCAACAGAUUACCAAGCCCGUGUUUGUCCCAGGCCCCGACCAGAGUUUUCGAACAAACUACAUCAACACUGAGGGGGAAAAAAAGAGACUGAUGGAUACUCCCCUCCUUUUUGCUUACUAUGUAGGCCACUAGCUGUGAAAUUUGUCUUGUUUUUAAUUGAAAAAAAAAAAAAAACAUUUUCAGAUGGAGUAUUUUAAAUAAAC